UGUGCAGGGAAGCCGUGAGAGACUAAACAAAAACGUGUGGAGAUUUUGAGCGGGUUCCUAAAGUAAAUAUUGUGCGCCAAACAGCAAAUAUAUAUAAUUUUUUUUACAAGAAGUGCAUAUUAUUACUUUUUCAUUAUAUAUAAAUAACAAUAUAAUUAUAAGUGAUUACACCUGUAGAAAACAUUCACCGUAGAAUAUUGACAUGUCUAUUACAAGUGAAACACCACGCUGUAACUGUUGUGAUGAUGUUAUGGAGGAGAUUUUAUCAAUGCGCAUAAGUUUUGAAAAAUUAUUUUAUCGAUUACGAAAAGAAAUAGUUGGACUGAGACGUGAAGUUAUAGAUGUGUUGGUAGGUAAUUCCGAAACAAAGGAUUCAUUACCCUCAGAUGAAACAUUAAAGGUAUUACAAUCGAAUAAGGCUCAAUGUAGUGAAAAGUCUACAUAUACAGUUGAUAUUAGCAUUAGUGACACGGAAACUGAAAGCUUACAAUCGAAGAAAUUAAAAAAGUGUACCGAUUCAAAAGCGAAAACAAAGAAAAAUGAAGUGGAGAGGGUUGAGCCGGGUUUAAUGGUAACCACAGCCCGACCAGUUUUGGAUUUUUUUAACAUACAAGCUAGAGUUAUGCCCACACAACCAUUUAGAGAUGCGCAGCAGUUUGAAGACUGGAAUAUACUUUUAAGAAACGACGAAGAUCAACGCGACCAGCUACGAGUGGAAUUAAUGCAGGGCAACUUUAAGGAGCCGGAAAAGUAUGUUAUACAAACUUGGCGUAAUAUUUUCCAUAAUGAUGCUGCUCACCACUAUUCAUAUAGAGGAACUGGUCGGGAUAAACGUGCAAUUAAAGAAUACAUAUUUACAGAUAUUUUCAAAGAGAUAUUUUUACAACGAUUUCAACACAUGGAUGCGGAAUUUUUCAUAGAACGAACCAUGCGUUUCUUUAAAUACGUACGCGAUCAAAGGCGUAAAGCUGCACUAAAAGAGCGAAAACUUCAAGAAAAACCAAUUGAGGCACAAGAAGUUGAAGUUGUACAAGAGCCCAUGGAUGACGAAUAAAUAACGUGAAAACAUAUAUAUUAUAUGUGUAAUAUAUAUAUUCAGUCUUGCCAAAGCAAAUAUAUAUAUA